CCCACCACCACCCACCCGCUGCGCACCCAUGGCCUCGCCGUUCCCCGCCGCCCCUGCGCCAGACGCCGCGGGCUCGCGCCGCAUCGCCGAGGCGCCGGCGCUUCUCUUCAAGACGACACGCCCGGCGAAUGGCGAGAAGGCGCCCGUCAUCCUGCCGCGCGCCGGCGAGGGCAACGUGCUCAUCACGAGCGCCCUGCCCUACGUCAACAACGUGCCGCACCUCGGCAACAUCAUCGGCAGCACCCUCUCCGCCGACGUGUAUGCGCGCUACUCGCGCUCGCGCGCCCGCAACACGCUCUACAUCUGCGGCACCGACGAGUACGGCACGGCGACCGAGACCAAGGCGCUCGAGGACAAGGUGACGCCGCGCGAGCUGUGCGACAAGUACCACGCGCUGCACGCCAGCGUGUACGAGUGGUUCAACAUCGGCUUCGACCACUUCGGCCGCACCAGCACGCCCAAGCAGACGGAAGUCGCCCAGGCCAUCUUCCUCAAGCUGUACGACAACGGCUACCUCGAGAAGCGCUCCAUGACGCAGCUCUUCUGCGAGAAGGACCAGCGCUUCCUGGCAGACCGCUUCGUGGAGGGCACGUGUCCGAAGUGCAACUAUGACGACGCACGGGGCGACCAGUGCGACGGCUGCGGCCAGCUGCUCGACGCCAUCGAGCUCAUCAAGCCGCACUGCAAGCUUUGCAAGAGCUCGCCGGUGCCGCGCGACUCGUCGCACCUCUUCCUGCGCGCCGACAAGCUGCAGCCGCUGACGGAGGCGUGGUCGCGCGAGGCGGCCAACGCUGGCGCCUGGACGGCCAACUCGCGGCAGAUCACCGAGAGCUGGUUCCGCGAGGGCCUGCGGCCGUUCAGCCUCACGCGUGACCUCUCGUGGGGCGUGCCUGUGCCGGUUGAGGGCAUGGAGGGAAAGGUGCUGUACGUCUGGUUCGACGCGCCGAUUGGCUACCCGAGCAUCACGGCCAACUACACCGACGAGUGGCGGCAGUGGUGGCAUGCGCCGGAGGAUGUCAAGCUGUACCAGUUCAUGGGCAAGGACAACGUGCGCUUCCACACGGUCAUCUUCCCGUCCUGCCUGCUCGGCACGAAGGACAAGUGGACGAUGCUGCACCACAUCUCGACGACCGAGUACCUCAACUACGAGCAGGGCAAGUUCAGCAAGUCGCGCAACAUCGGCGUCUUCGGCGACAAGGCGGGCCAGAUCGGCGUCAGCAACAGCGUGUGGCGCUACUACCUGCUCGCCAACCGGCCCGAGACGGGCGACACGCAGUUCAGCUGGCACGAGUUCAUCCUGCGCAACAACUCGGAGCUGCUGGCAAACCUCGGCAACUUUGUCAACCGUGUGCUGCGCUUUCUCGUGGCGCAGUACGACGGCGUACUGCCGGAGCUGCCGGAGGGCAUGGGCCUGCGCGUCGGUCCGGAGGCACUGGAGGGCGCUGCGCCGCACUCGGGCGGCGAAGAGGCUGCGCCAGAGCGAGGUGCGCCGCUCUUUGCGCGCGUCGUGCGCGAUGUGAACACGCUGCUCUCGCAGUACGCCGUCGCCAUGGACGCCGUCAAGGUGCGCCUGGGCCUGCAGACGAUGAUGCAGAUCUCGGCGCGCGGCAACGUCUUCCUCGUCGAGGCCGGCGUGGACAACAGCCUGUUUGCCAACUCGCGUGCAGAGUGCGACGCCACGAUGCUCGUGGCUGUCAACCUCAUCUGGGUGCUCAGCGCGCUCGUGCACCCCUUCAUGCCCGACACAGCCGACGCGAUCUGCGCGCAGCUCAACGCUCCGCCGCGCACGGUGCCCGUCGAGGACACGACGAACGGCAAGGUGGUGCCCGGCGACCAGGUCUCGUCCGCCGCGGCCAACCCGCCAAAGGCGCGCUUCUCCCUCGACCUGCUGCCGGGCCACCGCAUCGGCAAGCCGGCGCACCUCUUCAAGCCGAUCGACGCCAAGAAGGAGGAGGAGUGGCGCAAGCAGUUCGGCGGCGAGCCGUCCAAGGCCGACGCAGCGCCGACGCUGAGCAAGAAGCAGGCGAUGAAGCAGGCCAAGGCGGCGAAGAAGGCCGCGCCGCAGGCGCCGCAGCUCAAGCGCCCGACGGCAGAGUGGAAGGCGCUCGACGAGGAGAUGCGGAAACAGAGCGAGGUGGUGCGCAAGGCCAAGGAGACGGCCAAGAAGGGCGAGGAGGAGGCGGCGACUGCCAAUGUCGACGGCGAGCUCGCGGCGCUGAUGCGGCUGAAGACCGACCUGGCCGCGCUGACGGAGAAGCUCGCGGCCGUGGAGCUGGCAGAAGACGGAGACGCGGCAAAGGCACCCACAGCAUAGAGAAAUGUCACCCGCGUAUGAGACUCA